CAUCCAAACGUGACCUAAUGAUAGAUUUAGAUAUGUUGCGAUGUAAAAUCACGUUGACUAUUAGAUUUCUAAAAAGUUUAAUACAGUGAAGAAGAUAUUGGAAUAAAAAGGAGCAGAUCGGCGAUUAAAAAAAAAUAAAAAUAAAAAUAAAAAAAGGUUUUUUUUCACAUUUCAGAUAAAAACACAAGUGUGUUGAUUGACUUGAAAGUUCCCUUCAGCUCCUCACUUCACACCAAAGCCAUGUGACUUCUUCACGUGCACACACAAAAAAAGGAAACAGAAAAACGCUGCAUGAGAGUGCAAUUUACAAUCUUUAUUUUAAAGCUUUACUGCCUUUUAAAACAUGACCGUUACGUGUCGUCAAGAUUUCGCUGCGCAUUGCAUUGUUUUGUCUUCAAGCUGACUGUUUGCUGCCUAUCUUGUACAAACAACUGCAGCGCGCAAGCUUUCCACCUUUGAUCAAGCAUUUCUCCUUUAAGGAGUUCAGACAUUUUAACGAGCCCGAGCAAAACCGAAUCGAGCAACGUCUUGUGGCGUCAUUGGAGACUUGUGAAGACUGAAACUCGCACUCACUCAAUUUAAACAUAUUCCCCUUCCAUAAAGAGCCCCGAAAGAUUUUGUUGUGUUUUCACUAGUGGAGGCAGCACUUCCUCACCAAGCCCGAAUUACGCUUUAAUUAGUGUGUGCAUGUGGCGCAUGCAGUAAACACAAAUACCAGUCGAGAAAAAGUAAGUUGAAGUUUAAUCUCGUAAUAUGACUUUUUUCUAAAAAACAAAAAACAAUUUAAACCUCGUAAUAUUUUAUUUUUCACAUUUUACAAUAUAAACAUAUUACAAUAUUUCAAAGAAUAUAUAACUGCAUCAAUAUUACUGCUUAAAAAAUACAACAUAGCUUUUUUUUCUUAAAUCUCAUGAUUUUUCUUUCUAGAAAAAGCUCAUAAUAUUACGAAUUUCUUUGAUUGAAAAUUUUUAAAUCCGUCUUUCAUCUCACAAUACAAACCCAAUCCAAUGAAGUUGGAACGUUGUGUUAAACGUAAAUAAAAACGGAAUACAAUGAUUUGCAAAUCAUGUUCAACCUCUAUUUCAUUGAAUACACUACAAAGACAAGAUAUUUCAUGUUCAAACUGCUCAACUUUAUUGUUUUUGGCAAAUAAUCAUUAACUUAGAAUUUUAUGGCUGCUAACACGUAUCCAGAAAAAGCUGGGACAGGGUCACGUUUACCACGGUGUUACAUCACCUUUUCUUUGAACAACAUUCAGGAGACGUUUGGGAACUGAGGACACGAAUUGUUGAAGCUUUGGAGGUGGAAUUCGUUCCCAUUCUUGCUCGAUGUACAGCUUCAGCUGUUCAACAGUCUGGGGUCUAUGCGCCACACAUUUCCAAUGGGAGACAGGUCUGGACUGCAGGCAGGCCAGUCUAGUACCCGCACUCUUGUACUACGAAGCCACACUGUUGUAACAUGUGCAGGAUGUGGUUUGGCAUUUUCUUGCUGAAAUAAGCAGGGGCGUCCGUGAAAAAGACGUCGCUUGGAUGGCAGCAUGUUUCACCAAAACCUGUAUGUACCUUUCAGCCUUAAUGGUGCCUUCACAGAUGUGUAAGUUACCCAUGCCAUUGGCACUAACACAGCCCCAUACCAGUCACAGAUGGUACACAUUGAUGUCGGUUUUUGAUGCAGUUGCCGCCCGAGGGAUCGAAGGUCACGGGCAUUCAAUGUGGGUUUUCGGCCUCGCCGCUCACAUGCAGCGAUUUCUCCAGAUUCUCUGAACCUUUUGAUAAUAUUAUGGACCGUAGUUGAUCAAAUCCCUAAAUUCCUUGCAAUUGUACUUUGACCCUGUCCCAGCUUUUUUGGAACGUGUUGCAGCUAUAAAAUUCUAAGUUCAUGAUUAUUUGCUAAAAACAGUCACGUUUAUCGGGUUAACAUGAAAUAUCUCGUCUUUGUGGUGUAUUCAAUUAAAUGCAGGUUGAACAUGAUUUGCAAAUCAUUGUAUUCUGUUUUUCUUGAACACAACGUCUCAACUUCAUUGGAAUCGGGGUUGUAAUUUCAAAUGUCAUCAUGUUUGCAAAUUUGAUCAUGUAAUAUUCAGACUUGGAAAAAAAUGAAAAAUAAAGCUUGAAUGCCAUGAUAUUGUGAUUUUAUUGCCUCGCAUGAUGACUGCAGCUUGAUGAAUCUUUAGUGCACGCCCAUCAUGGGCGGGCCAACGAAUGAGGCAUUUGUGUUGUAAUGGUUAACAACGGGAUGUCCAAAGGUGGCGUCGAUGAUAAGGACAACUUCGUCUUUAGAACAAAGACUCCCGUCUCGUCGCGUCUCAGUCCGCGUGCGGCACGCCAGGAUGACGUUUGACGCCAUCCUGGACGAGGUGGGCGCCUUGGGGCCCUUCCAGGUGGUUCUGGCGGUCCUGAUGGUGAGCCCGCGCAUCAUGCUGCCGUGUAACUUCCUGCUCAACAAUUUCAUCGCCGCCGUGCCGCCUCACCGCUGCGACGUCAGCCGAUGGAAUGCGUCCGGGAACCUGGGCGAGGCCCAGAAGGCGGCCGCCGCUAUUCCCGCGGGCGAUGACGGCGAGCCGCGGGCCUGCCGUAUGUUCGCCGAGCCGAGGUCGCGAUGGUCGGGAAACGGCUCGGAGGCGACGCCCACCACCGAAUGCCGGCACGGUUGGGUUUAUGACAACUCCACCUUCUCCUCCACCAUCGUCACAGAGUGGGAUCUGGUGUGCGACUGGAAGCAUCUCCCCCAGACCACCAACACCAUUUUCUUCGUGGGAGUCAUGCUGGGCUCCCUCGUGUUUGGAGUCCUCUCGGAUAAUUACGGGAGGAAAUGGAGUCUUUUGGCCUCCUACGUCCUGUCCGUCAUGUUCGGCUUGGCGAGCGCGUCCGCCAACUCGUACGUGGUGUUCGCCGUGCUGAGGUUCUGCUGCGGGGCGGCGCUGGCGGGCAUCAGCCUCAUCUCCAUCAUCCUCUGCGUGGAGUGGGUGGACACGCCUCGCAGGGCGUCCAUGUGCGUGCUCGGCAGCCUGGCGUGGUCGCUAGGCAACAUGCUGCUGGCCGGCUUGGCCUUCCUGGUCAACGCCUGGCGACCUCUCAUCGUGACGGUCACGGCCCCGCUGGCCUUGGCCAUCCUUACCUGGUGGUGGGUGCCCGAAUCGGCUCGAUGGCUUUUGGCCAACGGCAAAGUGGAAAAGGCGCACUUGUACCUGGAUAAAUGUGCCCGUGCCAACAACAGACCCAAAAUCUCAUCCGCAGUCCAAUUGGAGGCUUUGUCCAGCGUGGAAAUGUCGGACAAGAACAAAAAGUACAAUUUCCUUCAUCUUUUCAAGACGCCAAAGCUGAGAAAGAUCUCGCUGGUCACCGGAAUCGCGUGGUACGGCACGGCGGUGACGUACUACGGCAUCAGCUUGAACCUGGACGGCUUCGGCCUCAACGUGUACGUGACGCAGUUCGUGUACGCCGCCAUCGAGGUUCCCGCCAAGCUGCUGAUUUACGUGCUGAUCAACAGAAUCGGUCGGCGGCCGUGUCUCGUCGGCACGCUGGUGCUGACGGGAACGUGCAUCGGCAUCAACAUCUUGGUGCCCACAGCUUUGUGGCUCGUGCGUUCUGUGGUGGCCAUUUUGGGCAAAGGGCUUUCUGAAGCCUCCUUCACAACUAUCUUCCUGUACACCACGGAGCUCUAUCCCACCGUGCUCAGACAGAAGGGUUUGGGCUUCACGAGCGUGAUGAGUCGCUUGGGCGUGUCCGCGGCCCCGCUGCUUCUCCUCCUCGAGGACACGUGGACCCUCCUCCCCCAGGUGGUCUUGUGCGCCGGGGCGACGUUCUGCGGCCUGGCGGCGCUGGCGCUGCCCGAGACCCUGGACCGCCGGCUGCCCGAGACCAUCCGGGAUGCGGAGGAGCCCCCCGGGCGUUCUGAAGGGCAAGAAGAAGUUCCUCUGGAGACCAAGAAUGCCAAAUGA